GCGUCUGUUCUCCGUCUUCGCACUGGACUACCUCGACUAUCCUGGUUUCAUUCCCACAUGGUGCCUGUCAUACUUUUCCGGGAGCCUUUUCUUCUCCUCGGACCGUGCGGACAUCGUUUCCAUCAGUGUUUUUAAAUUCCAGACUGAAGGCUGAAGGGCUGUGUGCUGAAGUUUGGAUCUCUGAGGAAUGUCAGGAUCAUCGGACUGGGAUCACAGACACUGGGUCAUGAGCGUUUCAACAGACCUGGUCAUAUUCUGGAGACAUCUGAAGUGGCCUCUGGGAAGAUAACCCACAAAAAGACACUUUCAGUUUGUUCUACACUGGACUGGAGGCUUUUUUUUUUUCUUUUUUUUUUUUUUUAAAUAAAUUUAUAUUAUUGUAAACCCAUCCAAAACGGAGACAGGCGCAGUGUGACAGGUCAGAGAAUCCAAUGGCAGAAGAAUAUGAACAGGCUGGUGCUUCAGAGUUUAUUAAAGACCGGCUUUACUUCGCCACCCUGCGUGUCAAGCCAAAGAACACAGCGAGCACACACUACUUCAGCACAGAUGAAGAGUUUAUAUAUGAGAGUUUCUAUACUGACUUUGGUCCACUCAACCUGGCCAUGCUCUACAGGUACUGCUGCAAACUCAACAAGAAGCUCAAGUCCUUCGCAAUAUCCCGGAAGAAGCUGGUCCACUACACCAGUUAUGACCAGAAAAAGAGAGCUAACGCUGCUGUCCUCAUCGGUGCCUAUGCUGUUAUCUAUUUGAAAAGGAGUCCAGAGGAAGCCUACAGGACUCUGAUCUCAGGGAACAACCCAGGCUAUCUGCCCUUCAGGGAUGCAGCUGUGGGAGAAUGCUCCUUUAACCUCACUGUCCUCGACUGCCUACAAGGAAUACGCAAGGCGUUGCAGCACGGCCUUAUGGACUUUGAAAACUUUAGUACUGAGGAAUAUGAACAUUAUGAGAGAGUAGAAAAUGGAGAUAUGAACUGGAUCAUUCCUGGAAAAAUCCUGGCUUUCAGCAGUCCCCACCCUCGCAGUAAGAUAGAAAACGGUUACCCUCUCCACGCUCCAGAGGCGUACUUUGCCUAUUUUCAUGAAAACAACGUAACAGCCGUAGUGCGUCUGAACAGGAAGUUAUAUGAAGGCAGGCGCUUUGAAGAUGCAGGCUUUGAGCACCAUGACCUCUUCUUCCUCGAUGGGACCACGCCCUCUGACCUCAUCAUCAGGCGCUUUCUGCACAUAUGUGAAAGUACUAAAGGUGCAGUGGCGGUGCAUUGUAAAGCUGGCCUGGGUCGGACGGGCACUCUGAUUGGCUGUUACCUGAUGAAACAUUUCCGGUUUACUGCAGCUGAGGCCAUCGCUUGGAUCCGGAUCUGCCGGCCUGGAUCCAUUAUCGGUCCUCAGCAGAACUUCUUAGAGGAGAAACAGCACAGUUUGUGGGUGCAGGGUGAUGUCCAUCGUUCUAAACAGAAACUGGUUCAGCAGCGACAGAGCCGCCAACAGUUCCAGCAUCAGCGGCAGCAGCAGCAGCUCCAAAGCCCCGAUGAGUCCGACGGAGGGAAACAGCAAGCCAUGUCCCGCCUCCUGUCCAGCAUGGAUGACCUGUCAAUCAACACCUCCCUCUACAAAUCAUACAGCCUGGAUGAGAAUAACUGCAUGGAAACGGCUCUAACACAAGGAGACAAACUCAGAGCACUGAAGGGAAAACGAUCACCUAGACCCACCCCCUCCUCCUUACGGUUAAAUCUGCCCAAAUCGUCCCAUUGCUCCAUCCUUCUUCCACCCAAAUCUUGUAAAGUCCCUCUCUCAUUCUCCUCAUCUUCCUCAUCCUCUAAGAUCAUACGAAGCCCUUCGUCCACUGUACAAAUUAGGAGUCCUUUUAGUCUCAGUCUCUUCAGCACGAGGCCUGCCGUCAUUCGCUGAGGAUGUCGACAACAAAAACUCGUGUUCCAGCUGUCAAGGCCUUAAAUCUUUUAUCAUUGUGUAAUAAAAUCUUGAAACCCUUUGUUAUGUAAGACAAUAUGAGCUUUGUAUAUGCAAGUGAAGAUUCAAGACAUUCAGUUAAAGCCUGUCUGGUUAUUUUAAUCAGGUAGAAUGGACUGGUCUGAUGAUUUCUGGUAGGUGGGGUUAAAUUACAGGGAUAAGAAGGAAAAACAUUAAGGAAAUAAUUAAACCAGCAGUCUACAUACUCUAAUAUUGCUUUAUUUAAGAGUAAACUUUCAUUUAGGAGCAGUAAUGCAACACUAUUUUAUUUUGGGAAAUCAGUACAAAAUAGUAUGUUUCUGGGGGGUUUUCUGUCAGUUUCUCUUUUCAUUAAAUAAUUUAAUAAAGUACAAUCAAAGCUGUGUGAC